UUUGGAAAACCCCAGUACAUUCCUCGACUGAUGACUGACUCUUCACACGACUAGGGACAUUGUCUUUAAGAUAAGUUCCAGGUCCGGACGUCAAUCAUAUUUGUCGAUUUUAUUGAAUACAUUGUUAUACAACUCUCAGAAAAAAAUGGCAGAAGGAGGAAGUUUACAACCAGACGAUGAAACACAUGAAAUCAAACUCCAGACAGAUCGAUUGUCGUACAUGCAAGUCGAAAAUAUUUCUGGGGGGUUCGUCUUCCAGGUAACUGAUAUGACUCGACUUCUACGGUUUCUUAUCCUUGGUACCGAAGGAGGCACGUAUUACUCCGGCGAGAAGGAGCUGAAACGAGAAAGCGUUCAGUGUAUUGACAGACUGAUGAUCCAAGACAGAGGAGUGGAAGUGGUGAAGAAAAUCGUAGAGGUCAGCCAGGCUGGGCGUGCUUGUAAGCAGAACUGUACUGUUUAUGCUCUAGCUGUUUGUGCCAGAUCAAACGACCAGAACACAAAGAAGGCAGCAUACGAUGCACUCUCCACUGUGUGCCAGAUCCCAACUGAUUUGUUUGCUUUCAUUAAAUUCUGUGAAGAAUUUAGUGCUGGAACUGGUUGGGGCAGAGCACAUCGCCGUGCCAUUGCAGACUGGUACAACAAUUUUAAUGAAGAUGUUACAACACUUGCUUACAAGGUGACGAAGUUCCGCCGACGUCAUAAUUGGGAACACAAAGAUGUAAUUCGUCUGGCCCACAUAUAUCCAGCAUCAGAAUCUUUACGACUCAUCAUCAGGUACCUUGUACGAGGUCUAAGGGAAGCCAAAAGGUUGCAGAUGCCGGCUGAUGUAGUGGAGUUGGAUAAGUGGCAGAAGGUGUACAUUUACCUUGAAGCAGUAGAAAAGGCCUUGCAUUGUACAGAAGAGUCUGAUAUUGUGGAAUUGAUACAGAAACAUGGUCUGGUACGAGAACAUGUACCUACACCACUCCUCAUGUCUAUACCAGUGUGGCAGGCUUUGCUGAAGAACAUGCCAAUGAAUGCCACAAUCCGCAACCUUGGUAAAAUGGGAAGCCUUCAUAUGAUAGAGGAGGGGUCAGAAGAGGAGAAAAUAAUAGUUGACAGGCUUCAAAAUAAAGCAGCCCUCAAGAAGUCAAAGAUCCAUCCUUUUAAGAUCUUAGUUGCAAUGAAAAUUUACAGCAAAGGUAUGAGCGAAAAGGGAAGUCUUACUUGGCCUCGCAACGACAAUGUUGUUAAAGCUUUGGAAGAGGCUUACUACAUGUGUUUUGAUAAUGUUGAGCCAACCAACAAGAAGUACUGCCUGGCAGUGGACGUGAGUGGAUCAAUGGAUACUCCUAUGAUGGGUAUAGAGUCCAUGACUGCCCGGGACGGAGCUGCGGCCAUGAUGAUGCUGACGGCCAGAACAGAGUCUGACUUUGAAGUUUACGCCUUUUGUCACAAGUUGGAUAAGAUACAAAUUCAGAAAACAGACACAAUGAAGAAAGUACUGAACAAGAUGUCCUCUCUGAGUUUUGGAUCCACAAACUGCUCUUUACCCAUCAUACAAGCACUUUCAGACAAGAAGAAGUUUGACGUAUUUAUAGUGUACACCGAUUCUGAGACUCACUUUACUGAGAUUCAUCCCAGUCAAGCAUUGCAGCAAUACCGAACAAAGACUGGGAUUAAAGAUGCCAGAAUGAUCGUUGUUGGUAUGGCAAGUAGUGGAUUUACCAUUGCUGAUCCUACAGACCCAUUCAUGUUGGACAUAGUGGGAUUUGAUUCCAAUGCUCCAGAGGCAAUGAGGAGUUUCGUGGAGGGACAGUUUUAGUAACAUUGAUGUUUUAUAGUCUGAAUGAUGUUUCAACAACAGAACUAUGUUUACGCUGUUUUAUAUUUUAAACAGUAUUUUCAUUCAAUAUUCAACAAUUAUAUACCGGUAUAUAUUAUUAAAAGUAAAUAAUGUCCUUGUGAUGGAUAUACAUAGUAAUAAUGAUAAAAAACACAAACCAGAAAAUCACAAGCGCUUUCACAUGCUUUGAGAGCAAGCUCUUCAGGUGUAAAAAAAAUGAAUAAAGGUGUUCUAUUAUAAUGCCUUUUCCUAAAUGUAUCAAAAGGCAAAUGAAUCUUUGGGACUGGAGAAUUUUUCAAAAUAUCAAAUGAAUAAUUUGACAAUUAACAUAUGGACAUAGUCUACAUGUUGAGAAUGGAACUUAUUGUUUGAUGACAGUCUAUUAUAAACAAUACACAAUAAGUAUUCAUAUUGAAAUAAUUGCUACAAAAUAUCAUCUAAAAUGUUUAGUCAGAUUUAAUUUUGGACUGUCAAAAUAACUGGUACGAAAUAUUUUCAAAAACAUUUACAUAGUUGGAUUUCAUUUUGGAAAUAUUUCCUUGUUUUGUGGUUUCUCUGAGAAUGAUAUCUAAUAGAUAUAAUAUAUUUUGUCUGAUUGUAGUAGAAUUGUCACAAGUUAGAUAAAGAUGAUGGAUACUUUUAACUAAUCAACAUAUACAUAAUGGACUGACCCCUGAUGUAUAAGUGUUAUUAAGGAAUACGACCAUACUCCUUACUUCUUAGAUACAGCUCUACAGCAUACCUCGGUAGUAUCUAUCAACGAUUCCGCACAGAUUUUACUAGAAAUCAGCUACCAGGGUGUAUCUGUGGGCUUUUGUGCUUGUUAGAAUGGCUAAUG